GUGGAGCCGCCGCGAGCAGUCGGAUUUCCUGCGCGUGGCCUCGACCUUCGGGGUGGAGCUGGACGCGGCUUCCGGAAGGUUCCGCUGGGGCCGGUUCCGCGCCCUGGCCAACCUGGAGCGCCGCUCCGACCAGGAGCUCACCCGCUUCUACCACGGCUUCGUGGCCAUGUGCCGCCAGGUCUGCCGCCUGCCCCCCGACACCACACCUGCCCCCCCAGGGCCGUGCCCAGCGCCGUUCCCCGUGCCCCCAGCCCUGGCCCUGCGCUGCCUCCGCCGUUUAUCCCUGUUAAGAUGCCUGAGGGAGCGGCCCCCCCAGGACCCAGCCCUGACCCUGCCCUGCCUGAGGGAGCGGGUGUUACCCCACCUCGCUCUGGGGUCCCUCCUGGCGCGGCCCCCCCAGGACCCAGCCCUGGCCCUGCCCUGUCUGAGGGAGCGGGUCCUGCCCCACCCGGCUCUGGGGUCCCUCCUGGCGCGG